UCACCCGGCCCGCGCCGUCGCCUAGGCGACGGGGAAAGCCGUUGGGAAGGGAGCGGAGCCGCCGCCGCCGCCGCCGAGGUUACUCAACUUCAGGCUUCUGCCCUGCGAAUCUUGAAUGACUAUGGACCGUCAUAUCCCCGUGCACGCUUUGCCUGAAGAAAUCCAAAAGAUGCCCCGUGAUGAGACAGUCUGCAAAUACUGUGGUAUCAGUUAUUUGAUCCUUCACGAGUUUAAAGAUAUGGAAGAAAAAAUGAAAGCAAUGGAAAAAGAGAUGAAAUUCUACCAAGGAAGUGUUGAACGUGAAAAAACGCUUCAAGAGAAACUACAGUCUCUCAGCCAAGAUUUUCAAGAGUACAAGUCUGACUGCGAAUCAAAAACAGAGAGAAUAAAAAUUCUAAGCAAGGACUUGAAAAACCAACAGGAGGAGUUGCAGAGUGCCAAUGAAAAGCUGAAACGUUUUGAGGAGAAGUUAGAAGUUGCCCACAAACAAGCACAACAUUUCAGCAAGACAUUGGAUCAGCAUCAGUUAAUCAUGAAAGAAACGCUUCUGCUACUUCCCAGUACUAAAAGUGAUCUAGCUAGAAUCAAAAAAGAAGUAUCUAAUGCUUUCCAGCACUGGACUUCCCUAAAAGGAGACAUUUUUCUGCAACUUAAAACCAUAAGUGAAGUGGCUUUGACAGAAAUAUCAAAACUGAAGAAAUAUCUGGCAGAAAGCCAAUGUGAUAAGGUAUGCCUUGAGAAUGAGGUGAAAGAUCUGAAGUUGUCAUCAGAUGCGGCCUUGAUGAAAACCCAGCAGAUUCAGACAUUGCUUCAGAAAGAAAAUGAGUUACAGAGCAAGUGUCUGGAAUUGCAAAAGGAAACAUUAGGUUUACACAGUCAAGUAGAGGCGAUUGGCCUAAAGUUUCACGAGGCAACAGCUGAGAUGGACAACUAUAAAAAACUCCUCUUGGUUAAAUCAAAGGAGAUUGAUGAGUGUCAGAGAGAACUUAAAAAACUGGAAUUUGAAACCAGAAUUUCUGAAUCACGACAUACUAGAGAACUAAAAGAAAAAGAAGGCAUUUUGCUGGUUUGCCAACAAAUGUGCAAACAGUUGCAAGAAGAAGUGGCUGAAAAAGAAAGACAACAAGAGAACUUAAAAAGAAGAACCAGCUGCUCAGAAAAUGAACUGGAAAUGAUGAAAGCUCUUCUGAGUCAGACAGAGGAAGAAGUUGUAACUCUGAAAAAAGAGAGGGAGAUGCUGCUCGUUUUUCAUCAGAACAGAAUUGAAGAGCUACGGGAUAAGUUCUCACAGAAGAUGAUUUAUGACUGUAGGGAGAAGAUUGAAUUUGAACUUAUUAAAGAUCGAGCCCAGCAUUCGGCUGAAUUCGAAGAGAAGAUCCUGCAACUGAAGGAAGAAGCCGAAUUGGAACUGAAUAUUGAAAAGCAAAAGCAUCAAGAAUUAAUCAUGAAAUAUCAGAGGGAGCAGGAAGAACUACAAAAGAAGAUUUCCAGUUUAAUAUCAAACGCCACCAAUGACCUAAAGCGGGAAGUAACCAUUCUAGAAAAAAAGCUCCAGGACUCUCAAGUCAAACUUGUGGAGAAAGGUGAAGCUAAAGAAAAAGAAAUCCAGAGCCUCAAAAGAGUCAUUACAGAGUUUGAGUCGCGCCUCAAGAAGGAAAUUGACAGCAGUGAAUCACUUCGCCAGGAUUUGAAGAGGGAAAUAAAACAAAAGACAGAUGAACUGGAAAGAGUUGCUCAGGAGCAAAUGCAGCUAAAGAAAAAGAUUAAUCAGGCUGAGGAAGAGAAAAGUUUUCUUCAGGAAACAGUGCGUAGAGAGUGUGAAGAACGCUAUGAGCUGACUGAAGCUUUGUCUCAAGCUAAGCAACAACUCCUGGAACUUAAGAAGCUCAGUGGCAGUUUCCCAUUGUCACCGAGUUCCCACAGUCAGGGCAACCUAACCUCAUCUACUGCCAUGGUCAAUAAUCAUGGAGAGAGAAGGUUUGCAAGCCUAAGCCCUGGAAAAGGAUGCCAAAUCCCUGAGCUUCCCAGUAUCAUAAAGCCUUCUGAUUCAGCAGCCUCAAAUAAGCCCAGAAGCCAUGGCAGUUUAGUUCUGCCCGGUCUUUCUUCUCCCCACCCUCCCAUGAGAAGAGCCUCUUCAGACCGGGAGACCAGACGCAGGAUAGCAACCAUAGUGAGGAGGUGGAGUCAGCAAUGAUUCCUGGGAAAUCAAACGAAAAGCCGACGUCUGAUCUUUGCAAGGCAGAGAGCAUUAGAUGAUCCUACGGCUAAGAGGUGUUGGUGGCUUUAUAUGAUCAAAGAGUGAGAUGAGGGUGUGAAAAACUUCACUGUAGCUUUCUGAAUCAAUAUGUCAAAGUAAGCUCCAUAGAUAAAUUUUCCCAAGGGACCCCCAUCUGACCCCCUGAAAUUGCCCAAGGAAAUCAAGUUCCUCAUAAGCUAAUUUUCAUGCACAGAGAGGGUAUCUUUGAAAGAUCUCAGCUAAAAAGUUUACUCACAAAACCUUUUCUGUUUUGUUGUCACCUUUUACCGGUAUGGGCGUUUCUACGAAAGGGCAAUGAUUUUGUUUGUAUUUUCAUUCAGCUGUAUAAGAGAAAUAGAUGCAUUAAAUAUUUCAAGCUGAACUGAAAAGAGGGAGAGCACUUUGGCCUUUAAAGAGAUAAUUGCAAAGGAUUUUAGUUCAAGCAUUUGCACAGUUCUUAAAAAAAAAAAAAAGCAGCCACAAUGACCUAGUUGUCUUCCUUUUUCUGCCAGAACUAAAUUACACUGGUAUGUUUCCCCUAGAUGCUGACUCUCUCUGUGAGGUUUAACUCCAUUCUAGAAAGUAAAAAUAGUGACUUCCCUCCCUGCAUCUCCCCUACCCACCUUGUCCUAAAAGGUCACUCUAAAAAAAGCAUCUCAAGAACCUGAGAUAAAAGCAUUUUUCCAGAGGGUUGUCGUUCUCGGUUCUGGGCCGAUUGGCCCUCACUAGUCUACUUAGCUAUAAAUACUGAUUUCCAAAUAAUUGUAGUAAUCUCAAAAAAGGUAUACAAUGUCACCUAUGACAUACAUGUCAUCAAUCGCUAAUGGAAAAACCUGUUUUUGAUAAUCAGAAUUAAUUCUCUAAUCAAGUUAUUAAGGAAUCAUUUAAGAAUCCCUUAAAAUGCCCAAUCUUCUUUCUUUAAUCAAAAAUCCCCCUUUCCACCCCAAACUUGUCUUCUCUCGAGAUCUUUCUUAGCUCUGAAACUUCCCCCCACUGAUUUUAGCAAUCACCUGCAAUCUGAACCUCAAGCAUUCUCACAUGGGGAAGCUGCUGAUGGGAGAACAUUCACAAUUCAGGGUGCUGGGGAGAUUUUGUGAGACUUUUUUGUCCUAAUUUUUGAAAGGCCAAAGUGGUUUUCCUUUUGAUUGGUUGUUCUUUCCUCUUAGCAAACAGCAAGCUGUAACUGUAACUAUUCAUUCCCCACAUAGCAGCUUGAUCUUCCAGUGGGAUUCCACAAAAGCCAUUACAUAAAGCUCUAGCAUGACAGUCAGUUGCCAUUGCUUCUGCCUUUAGAUGGAAAUGUUUUGAACUUGAGCCCAAUGCAAGAAUCACUGGAAUUGUGGAAGACUAAGGCGGAAUACCUUUGGAGUCUUGUUAAACAAGGUUUUUGCCCCCAGAACACCCAUAUGAGCCCGAAUCUUCAUCGGGAGGCAUGUCUGAUCUGAAUUUCAUGUAACCUAUGAAAUUCCAAAGUGGUCAGUGUCCGUGGUGAGUUGAAAUACUAAUAAACCUGCCUGUCAGUGACAUAAUUACAAAAUCAGUUUCAGAUCCCAGAAAAAUCACUUUGAAAAUUGAAUCAUGGUUUUCGGGGUGACCCAGGAUGCUUCAAAUUCAUCUAAUCAGAGCUGAUUCUUUAGAAUGAACACAGGAAAUAUUUGAUUUGUGUUUCCUUCAGCCAAGUUUGACUGGCAUAAAUUGUGAAUCACAUUCUCCCAGCCCAUAGAAGAAAAAGCUUUACAGGAUAAGCAAUAUCAGAAAGUGUGUGAGUUAGUUGUUUAAGGAUACAUUAAAGGAAAAAAAUAAAAACUUGCAUCCUUUGCAAUCUCCCUUGAUAAAUUAACUCUUAAUACCAAAUAAGAUAAAAGGCUUUAAUUUUUAGGUAGUCCAUAGAUGAACAUUAUGGCAAGAUUCUGCUCUCAGAUGCACACAGUGGGUUGUGAUUCUAAUAAUCUUGUUCUCCCUAUGGGCAAGGAAUUUCUACUCACCUCGAUGGUAGAUUUAUCCAAAUCAUGCAACUAGAAUAUUGCUAAAUGAGAUUCCUGGGGAGAAAUAGAGGCUCUUUUUCUGAAAUUUUUUUCUUUUGAAGUUAAAAUUACAUUUUCCAAACCAUUUUUCAAACUCUUAUUAUGAGAUCACUGAGCACUUUUUUGUUCAGAACAAAGUUCUAUUUUUUGAUAACUGAAUUGAAGGCAAAUUACUAUUAAAAUUAUGGAAGACCCAAAUCUUUAUUAUUCUAGUGGUCUAAAUAGUCUUUAUAUCACUGCAAAUCCCUUCCACAUGAAGUGUUAUAAAGGAAUCCAACUGUGGAACCAGUGCCACCGAACUCAAUCGUUUAAAUUCAUCAGAUUAUUUGAAACAUAUUUUUGUGUUAGAAGACAGUACAUUAUGUUUGAGAUUUCUCCAAGUCACAGAAUCAAUUGAAACAAUAGAACUACAAAAACUAAGCUGGAAUAAUCUUAAAAUUAUCUUGAAUCUUAUAAAGAUUGAAAAUGUAUUCCAUUGGUGUUUACACAGCCUUCUAAUAUUAAUGUUCAAAGUCAACAUAUUGAUCCUAUGUUUUCAUUCUUAUAUAAAGUCUUAUAGUUCUGAAUUUGAAAA